AUGUCAGGCUGGAUGUCGUACUUUACCGGCUCCCGGCGCAACACACAGGAAGGCGCCCGAGAUGCUAUCGUCGGGCUGAGGCAGCAGCUUCUCAUGCUGGAGAAGAAGGAGGAGCAUUUGAACAAGAAGAUUGAUGAUGAGAUGAAGAAGGCGAGGGCGAAUGCGUCGACGAACAAGCGAUUGGCAACUGCGGCAUUACGACAAAAGAAGGCACACGAGAAUGAGCUCGACCGGAUCGCGGGUACACGCCUCACCCUCGAGACCCAGGUGAACGCUAUCGAAUCGGCGAAUCUCAAUGCCGAGACAAUGCUGGCGAUGAAGAAGGGUGCGGAUGCGCUCAAGGGGAUCCACAGCAGCCUGAAAGUCGAGAAGGUCGAUCAGACUAUGGAUGCUAUCAGGGAGCAGAUGGACUUGACGAACGAGAUCUCAGAUGCGAUCUCAAAUCCGGUCGGAAUGGGCAAUAUGGUGGACGAGGACGAGCUGGCGGCGGAGCUCGAGGCUCUGGAGCAGGAAGAGCUGGACGACCGACUCAAGGGCGCAGAUCACGUCCCGGUACACACCCCAGCAUCGCCAGUCGCAAAUGGACGAGAACGUGUCCAUGCGCAAGCAGAAGAGGACGACGAGGAAGCGCAGCUCCGUCAAUUGCAGGCCGAGCUGGCAAUGUAA